AGAGAAGCAUAAACUGAGUUGUGUAAAGCAAUUUUAGAUUUAGUAAAAAUUGAAUGUUUUGAAAAUACGAAUGAUUUAUGGAUUGACUUACCUAACCAAAUAAACGAGAACCAGUUUAUAUAUAAACAUCUGACAUGCAAAGUGCAGAUAAACCUAUAUUGGAGAGUUUGAACUUGUUCUACCAUGAAUCUGAAGGAUCUGAACAAGAGGGUUCCCCUACACAGUGUUCAGGAGAUGUCCUGUGCUUGUUUUGUCAAGAGCAAUUCAACGCUACUGUUCAAAAAGAGGACUUGUUGAGGCAUUUGGCAGUAAACCAUAAGUUCGUGAUAGGAGAUGUUAACCUUAUAACAGACUUAAAAAAGUAUCUCACCUACUGGAGGCAGAGAUUUUUGGAGGAGGAUCUAACAAAUUUUUGUUCAAUCAUAUCUACAAAGACUAGUGAUAGGGACAAAGAAUCCAAAGAACGGUACUACCUGCUGUGUGAUGUCCUUGCAGAAGACAAAACACUUAGAGAAUUUCUACAGAAAAAGAAAUUAGAGAAAGUUCUGGCUCAGCAGCAGAAAGAGAGAGAAGAUGAAACCUUCAGUCGAACAUGUCUCUUCUGUCGGGAUCAUUUCUCAGGAAACAGAGCAGAGAUGUUCGAUCACAUGACCCACGGCCAUGGAUUUAGCAUUGGACUUCCAGACAAUUUAGUUUACACAGAUGAAUUUCUUGAUAAUUUACAAGGGAAAUUAGACAAUUUACAGUGUUUAUACUGUGAACGGAUAUUUAAAGACAAGACAGUAUUAAAGGAACACAUGAGGAAAAAACAGCAUAAGAAGAUCAACCCCAAGAACAGGAAAUAUGACAAGUUCUACGUCAUCAAUUAUCUAGAAAUGGGUAGAAGCUGGGAGAUGAUUCAGGCAGAUCCAGAUGAUGAGCCAGGCACAGAGACAGAGACCGAGGACGAGGAGAGCUGGGAGGACUGGGAGGAGGCGGGGUCCCAGGCCGUGUGUUUGUUCUGUGACUUCUCCUCCUGCGUGCCCCACAAACUCACCGCCCACAUGCAGGAACUACAUGACUUUGAUCUGAAGGAUGUGAAACUGAGGCUCAACCUCAAUUUCUACCAGCAGAUAAAAUUAAUUAACUUCAUGAGAAGACAGAUAUAUCUGGGGAGCUGCUAUGGCUGUGGGGAGAAGUUCACAGACAAGAGAGUGUUGGUGGAACACAUGCAUAGCCUGCAGCACGUGGACAGGUUUCCUGAGCCCUCUGUUUGGGACCAACCACAGUAUUUCUUUCCUACCUAUGAGAAUGACAACUUACUCUGUCAGCUGGAUGAUGAUGAAGAAGAUGAAGUAGCAGGUGGAAGAAAUCAGGUCAUUGCGGAAGAUCUUCCCUCCCUAAAUACUAUACUGGCACAGGAAAGUGUCAGAAAAGACAUUCUAUCAGGAGAUAUUACUUGAAAGUUGAUGCAAGGAAUAUAGAUCAAUAAAUUGAUUUUGCUUUUCAA